AUGGCAGCAGCCCAGAAGCAGCCACGGCAGCGCCGGGGAAACAACACGGGCCGGCACGACACCCAUGGCGGCCGCGGGGCAGAGGCCAUCCCGGCUGGAGAGCCCCUCGGGGCAGCCCUGGACCACGCCUGGCAGGGGUCUCUCUCGGACCUAUUGACCGGGACGCGGAAGGCGCUGGGCUUACGGUGUCCCUUGGCCGGGUUCCUGGGGCUGGAUGAGGCCCGAUCUCCCCUUUCUUGCGCCCAGCUGGUCUACCAGGAUCAAGCCAGGAUCACGUUUCCUUCUCUGGAUCCCCUGGAGAGCAACCCAGGUGGUGACCGAAUGCAGGCCUGUGAAGAGUCAGCCUCUCCUGCCCGGCAGGAGCACCCAGCCUUCCACCGCCAGCGCCCCGAGGGACACGGCCGGCCGGGAUCCCCGCCCAGCUCCGGCGCCUCUCCGCCCUGCCCCGAGCGGCUCUUCGCCCGCUUCCCGGCUGAGAAAUUCCGGCGCUCGGCCUACGAGGAGGGCGGCCCCCGCUUCGCCAAGGCCGCCCUGCGGACCCCCUUCCACCCGUACCAGCGGCAGGGGCCGGAGGAGCCCUUCCCCGCCGCUGCCCAGGAGGGCUUGGAGGAGACCAGGCAGGCGGCCCAGGGAUUCCCCCCGCCGCUGCCCCACCUGGGCCCCGAACCGGCCUGGAGCAGCAACGGCAUGCAGUACGGCCGCCUGGGGCAGGAGCCCCACAUCCCGCGGGCCCUGACGGCACCGGAUGGUUGGAAGAACUCGGUCCGGCACAACCUGUCCCUGAACAAAUGCUUCGAGAAGGUGGAGAACAAGGCCGGCGGCUCCUCCCGGAAGGGCUGCCUGUGGGCCCUCAACCCGGCCAAGGUCGACAAGAUGCAGGAGGAGCUCCAGAAGUGGAAGCGGAAGGACCCCGUGGCCAUCCGGAAGAGCAUGGCCAAGCCAGAAGAACUGGAAAUUCUGAUCGGGGACAAGUCAGAGAAGCGCCUGUCCUGCAGUCCAGCUGGCGUCGGGGGUCCCUCCGACUCCGGGCAGAUGCCGCUCCAGCCACUGCCUCUCUAUGCCCAGAAUGGACAGGGGGCUCUGCCUUCCCCUCUGCCGGCCCAGAGCCCCCCGGGAUGUGGGAUGAAGAUGCUGGCAGCCUCCAGGCCGGAGCUGCUGCUUCUGGAUGGCGACCUCAGCAUGGAUGUCGACGCCUUGAACCCCUCCAUCACCGGGUUCGACCUCCAAGGGACCCUCUGGGAGGCAUUGAAGGAUGACAGCCUGGCGACGGAGCCGCUGGGCCUCAUUUCGGCCUCCCCGACCGCUGCCCAGCCGGACUUCCUGGCCCCCUGCCCAGCGGAUGCCAACCACGGCGGCGACAAACUCCCCCAGCACCACAACCUACCGGAUGUUCAACUGACCACGCUCUACUCCGCCUUCCUGGAACUGGACACGGGACCGGCCCCCACCUACCUGAACCCUUCGGGCUCCAAGCCCAUCGCUCUGGUUUAG